GGAAAGUUUCCUGGCGUCUGUUUAAAAUGUAAACAAAUGUGGUCUGGUCUGGUCCUUCCGUCUCAGUCUCACGACGAGUCAGUACUGGUUGUUUGGACGUAUCGCUUAGUGAGCUGGUAAAAGAAAUCAACCAAUAUCCGCCGGAAAUACGGACUGAAUGAUCGAAUCGAGGGUCAACCGAUGUAAAUUGAUGAUCGCAGUUUAAUUCGCUUUGAGUCAUGGCUGAACAUACAGGGACAAAUUUUCCCGAAGGUUCAGGAGGCUUGGAGGUUGAAGAGGGGAAUCCUGAUACAGAAGGAGAGUCAGAGGUGCACGUUCCACAGAAGUUGUCAGAAGAAGAAAAGAGAGAAAUAGUAUUCAGAAAGGCUGCGGCAGAUGCGGAAGCAGGGAUGUCAAUACGUCAGAUUGCUAUAAAAUAUUCAAUAUCUCGUUCCACUAUAGUAAAAUAUUUACGAUCGGACCAGGAUAGUGUCCCAAGACUGUUUGGUAUGCCAUGGCUGUCUGCUGAUGUAGAAAUGGAGAUAGUAGACUGGUGCCUUGAAAUGGCUAGGAUUGGCCAUCCUCAGAUCAAACAGAGCCUGCCAUUGGUAGUUCAGCGUAUUCUUAAUCAAAAGAAAAAGAAAAUUUUCCAAAAUGAAAAUCUACCGACUUAUGGAUGGAUAGCUAGAUUCCUGGAGCGACACCCUGAGGUGUCCAACCGGAUACCAGAAAAUCUUGGUCCCUUGAGGGCUUCCAUAACCUCAAAAAAAAAGGGUACCUUAACCUUAAAAACAAUCUCCACAUUUUUCCAGAAUUUGCAAUCCUUUUUAGUGGCUGAGGGUCUAAAUGCAAAUGAAUUUUUAAGCCCAGAUAAUGCAUCGCAAGUUUUCACCUGCAAUAAGACAGGUAUUGUCAUCAGUGCACAAGAUGGGGCUUCCAAGGUUUGGGAUAAAAAGGGUACUGUGGCUUCUUGUAAAGUGUCAGGAAUGGGGAAGCCCUUGAUGACUGUCCUGUGCUGUGCCUCAGCUGAUGGAAGUCUCAUGAGGCCUUUUAUAGUUAAUAAAGGGAAAACUCCGACUGAAUAUGUGAAGCACCAGGAUUUGGAGGCAGAUUCUUACCAUGGAGGAUGCUCUGAUUCUGGGUUGAUGACAGCAGACCUGUUUCAUGACUGGCUGGGUAACAUUUUUGAAAAUGAGCUUGUGAAAAAGAAUAUUAGAAGACCUGUUCUCUUAAUUCUGGAUGGCUUCUUGAGCCACUUAAAUUUGGAAACUCUAAGAUUUGCCCGUGAUAAGAAAAUCCUUAUGUACCACCUUCCUCCCUACUCCUCCCAUGUAAUGGAGCCACUUGAUGUGUCUGUAUUCAAGCCACUCAAGGCAGAGUACAGAAGGGUAUACAAUAAAUUCGGGGGGGAAAUUUCAUCCAUGGACAUGGCAAAGGAACAUUUCCCAUAUAUAUUAAUGAAGUCCAUCAAAGAAGUUAAUAUACCUGAAAAUAUAAUAAGGGGAUUCCGGUCGACAGGUUUGGUCCCUUUCAACCCCAAUGCCAUCGACGCCUCUGUCCAACUUCUGGAGACACCUAAAGUUGCAUCUUGCGAGGAAAUCAGAAAGGCUUUGGCAGAAUUGGAAGCAGGGUCACCAGCACGUCAGAUUGCUAGAAAAUAUUCAAUAUCUCGUACCACUCUAAUAAAAUAUUUUCGAUUGGGCCUGGUUAAGAGCCCACAAAUGGGUGUGCCAUGGCUGCCUGCUGAUGUAGAAAGGGAGAUAGUAGACUGGUGCCUCGAGAUGGCUAGGAUUGGCCAUCCUCAGAUCAAACAGAGUCUGCUAUUGGUAGUCCAGCAUACUCUUAAUCAAAAGAAGAAGAAAAUUUACCCAAAUGAAAAUAUACCGACUCAUGGAUGGACAGACAGAUUCCUAAAGCGACACCCUGAGGUGGCCAACCAAUUAUCAGAAAAUCUAGGUAAGUUGAAGGGUACCUUAACCUCAAAAACAAUAUCCACAUUUUUCCAAAAUUUGCAAACCUUUUUAGUGGCUGAGGGCCUAAAUGCAGAUGGGUUUUUAAGCCCAUAUAAUGCAUCGCGAGUUUUCACCUGCAGUGAGACAGGUAUUGUCAUCAGCUCACAAGACGGGACUUACGAGGUUUGUGAUAACAAGAGGACUCAAGCUGGUUGUAAAGUGUCAGGAAUGGGGAAGCCAAUGAUAACUGUCCUGUGCUGUGCUUCAGCUGAUGGAAGUCUCAUGAGGCCUUUUAUAAUUAAUAAAGGGAAAACUGUGUCUGUAUAUGUGAAGCACCAUGAUAUGGAAGCAGAUUCUUACCGUAGAGGGUGUUCUGAUUCUGGGUUGAUGACAGCAGACCUGUUUCAUGACUGGCUGGGUAACAUUUUUGAAAAUGAGCUUGUGAAAAAGAAUAUUAGAAGACCUGUUCUCUUAAUUCUGGAUGGCUCCUUAACCCACUUAUAUUGGGACACGCUAAGAUUUGCCCGCGAUAAGAAAAUCCUUAUUUACUACCUUCCUCCCUACUCCUCCCAUGUAAUGCAGCCACUUGAUGUGUCUGUAUUGAAGCCACUCAAGGCAGAGUACAGAAGGGCAUAUAAUAAAGUCUGGGGGAAACUUUCAUCCGUGGACAUGCCAAAGAAACAUUUCCCAUAUGUAUUAUUGAAGGCCAUUAAAGAAGUUAAUAUACCUGAAAAUAUAAUAAGUGGAUUCAGGUCGACAGGUUUGGUCCCUUUCAACCACAAUGCCAUCGACACCUCCGAGUUUGUUACGGCAGAAAAAGAAGAGGAUACUUUUCCUGUCCAACUUCCGGAGACCUCUACAGUUACAUCAGUAGUAGAACCCACAUCUUAUGCAUCUUAUGAGGAAAUCUUCAACCAAGGUUUUAUCAUGGGACAAAGAGCACAGCUGAAACGUUUAGAGGCUGUGGUCCCACAGGAUGAAUUAGCCCUUUACAAAACGAGGAAGACUGAUUUAGGUCGAGGUCGUUCCCCAAGCACGUCUUAUAUGGUAUGGAAGGAACUUGAGAUGAUUAAGCCGUGUCCUGCCGAGAGGAAUCCAUAUGCUGGGGAAACUCAGCCUCUGGCAGAUGCUAGUGAGAUUGCACCUUUCCCACAAGCAAUUCCCUCUAAAAGUGGGCUUCAGUACCAACUUAGUAGUAGUGACAUCUCUUUACCUGGCCCAUCUGGGAUUCCCUCUGCAACAACACCUCCAGGAAUUGCUGAGCGAACAUCAGACUGUAAAAGAUACUUGAAGAUGAAAGAAAGGAAGGAAAGGCUAUUUGAAGAGAAAAAGGAGCAACAUAAGAAGGAAAGAGAGACAAAAAAGGUGGCAAGAAGAAGCAAAGCGAAGGGAAGGGGAAAGGCAAGAGCACUGCCAAAUCGCAAAUGCUAGAUGAAGACAAUGAUUGAGUGAUUUCAAUGGUGUUGAGGAAUUGAGGCUUUGAGUCAUGGCUGAACAUACAGGGACACAUUUGCCCAAAGGUUCAGGAGGCUUGAAGGUUGAAGAGGGGAAUCCUGAUACGGUAGGAGAGUCAGAGGUGCACGUUCCACAGAAGCUGUCAGAAGAAGAAAAG